AUGGACGCAAAUGGUCUGUCAUCCCCACCUUUACGGCAUUCGUCGCUACCCCCCAGUAGUGCACCAGUCGCGACCCAGUCAUCGAAUGGUAGAUCCACUCCGAGACGAACGCGGACAGACGCGCUCGCUCUUGGAGACGAAGAUGCUGAGCCGGCCGCAGAGGGCGAUGAUAGCACUUCCAGGAGACGGAGAAGGGCUCGAGGUCAGUUAGAUAUCGACAUACCAAUCGUCAAGGACGCCGUUGGAGAGAGCGUGCAGGAGAGCUUCGAGACGUUUCUCAGAACCUUCACAGAGGAAGUGACUCGGGCGGCUACACCUGCUUCUGACGGCGAUGUUCCCGCUGCAGCCGACGCCGAGCUCAUCUACAUUGAGCAGAUCCACACCAUGCGCGAGUAUGAGCUCACGACUCUCUAUGUCGACUAUGGUCAUCUACUGCAGAAGGACGAUGUGCUUGCAGACGCCAUUCAAAAACAAUAUUACCGCUUCCUUCCGUACAUUCGCCGUGCCCUGCACAGCCUCGUGGCGCAGUACGAGCCAGAAUAUCUCAAGCUGAACCCGACCGCGGCCGCCACAGACUCUGUGAACCUUCAGUCGCGCGAAUUUAAUGUCGCGUUUUACCAUCUACCGUUGGUGUCUGGCAUUCGAGAACUGAGGACAGACAAAAUUGGCACCCUCAUGAGCAUCAGCGGGACGGUAACGCGCACGAGCGAGGUUCGACCCGAAUUGUUGUACGGCAGUUUCAUCUGUGAGGUAUGUGGGGGACUGGUAAACGAGAUAGAGCAGCAGUUCAAGUACACCGAGCCGAGUUUGUGCCCGAACCCUACAUGUGGAAACCGCAUCGCAUGGCAGCUACAGAUCGAUACGUCAAAAUUCACGGAUUGGCAGAAGGUACGCAUCCAGGAGAACCCUUCGGAGAUACCGACGGGGUCGAUGCCGCGCUCGCUCGACGUAAUCCUGCGUUCGGAGUUGGUCGAGCGUGCAAAGGCAGGAGACAAGUGCGUGUUCACCGGCACGUUCAUCGUGGUGCCCGACGUGAGUCAACUAGGACUACCUGGCGGCAACAAAGCAGAACUUAUGCGGGAGGCGAGCAAAGCGGGCGCGAACUCCGCUGCGUCUGCGGUGGGCGGUGCGGGCGUGACAGGCCUCAAGAGCCUCGGCGUGAGGGACUUGCAGUACAAAACGGCCUUUUUGGCUUGCAUGGUCCACGACGCCGAUGGUCGGGCUGGCACCAAUAUCCGAGGAGAGGAGGAAGACGGUGACGACGACGGCCAGGCCUUCGCACGAUCGCUGACCGAGCCCGAGUUCGAGGAGCUGAAAGCGAUGCUGGAGUCGGAUCAUAUUUAUUCGCGGCUCGUCGAGAGCAUCGCUCCGACCGUGUAUGGGCAUGAGAUCGUUAAGAAAGGCCUUCUCUUGCAGCUCAUGGGUGGUGUACACAAGCAGACACCCGAGGGCAUGCAUUUGCGCGGUGAUAUCAACAUCUGUAUUGUCGGAGAUCCUUCGACUUCAAAAUCGCAGUUCUUGAAAUACAUCUGCUCGUUCCUCCCUCGCGCGGUAUACACGUCCGGCAAAGCCUCGUCAGCUGCGGGUCUGACAGCGGCGGUAGUCAAAGAUGAGGAAACGGGCGACUUCACGAUUGAAGCCGGUGCCCUGAUGCUUGCGGACAACGGCAUCUGCGCGAUCGACGAGUUCGAUAAGAUGGACCUUUCCGACCAAGUUGCCAUCCACGAGGCGAUGGAACAGCAGACAAUCUCCAUUGCGAAGGCGGGCAUACACGCGACGCUGAACGCGCGCACGUCAAUUCUCGCCGCAGCCAACCCCGUCGGCGGUCGGUAUGACCGCAAAAAGUCCUUACGUGCGAACGUUGCGAUGACGGCGCCCAUCAUGAGCCGUUUCGAUUUAUUCUUUGUCGUGCUCGACGAGUGCGACGAGAAGUCGGACCUGAAUAUAGCGAAACACAUCGUGAACGUACAUCGGUUCCAGGACGAAGCAAUACAUCCUGAGUUCAGCACCGAGGCGCUGCAGAGAUACAUCCGGUACGCGAGAACAUUCAACCCAAAACUCACUCCAGAGGCUGCGGACGUGUUGGUGGAGAAGUACCGCAUCUUGAGGCAAGACGACGCGUCUGGUACAGGCAGAAACUCGUAUCGCAUUACCGUGCGGCAACUGGAGAGCAUGAUUCGACUAAGCGAAGCUAUUGCCAGAGCUAACUGCACGUCCGAGAUAACCCCAGCCUUCGUGCGAGAGGCAUACAGUCUUCUGCGACAAUCCAUCAUCCAUGUCGAGCAAGAUGACAUCGAAUUCGACGAGGAAGAACUGGAGGGCGAGCGAGAAGGGGACCGGCGUCCGCGAGCCACUCAAGACGACGAAGAUGAGAGCCAGGACGUUGAGAUGGCGGCGAUGGAGACUGAACAAAGUUACCAAGAGUCCUUGGGCCUCGAUGGCCAAGGCUCUGGCGGCUUGAAUGGCGUAUCGGGGUCCGAUGCCACAUCCCGUGCGGGCAGCAUGCCUGCGGAGCCUCCUGCACCGCCAGCACAUCCAAAGAGGAGGAUGGUCAUCACGCAUGACAAGUAUAUGUCGUUACAAAGCUUGAUUGUUCUGCAUCUGUCGCAGGUGGAGCGGGAAACUGGUAGGGGAGUUGACCGCGACGAACUUAUUGACUGGUAUCUUGAGUUCAGGGAGGCCGAGAUCCAGGACGUUGAGGAGCUUGAGUACGAGAAGGAGCUCAUCACCAAGAUGUUGCGCAAGCUGGUCAAGGAUAAUUUCUUGAUUGAAAUCAAGGGGGACGUUCAGGAUUCGUUACCCCUCUCGGCAGACGAGAGCAGUGGGCAGCCUUCCUUUGACGGGCAGGGAGGAAAUGUACGGGUGUACUAUAUGGUGCACCCAUCUGUCGAUACUGAGGAGUCUUCAUCUGUUCCAUGA